ACAAUCCAUCCGUCCAACUUCACCACUAGUAAUUAACAACACAUUGCAAAAAUAAACAACAAAAAAUCUAGAAUUUUUCAUUAACCAUGGUUGCAAUGGCAGCAGCAACAGCAUCAUCUCAAUUGAUAUUCUCAAAACCUUAUUCUCCCUCACGUCUAUGUCCCUUUCAACUUUGUGUCUUUGACACAAAAUCUGUUCUAUCAAGUACAAGAAAAAAACAUGUGAGUGGCUCAGGAGUUAGAUGCAUGGCUGUUGGAGAAGCAACUAGUGAGACAAAGAAAGUUAGAAGUGGAUAUGAGCUUAUAACACUAACUAGUUGGUUGUUGAAACAAGAACAAAUAGGGACUAUUGAUGCAGAACUCACUAUUGUUCUUUCUAGUAUUUCCAUGGCUUGCAAACAAAUUGCUUCUUUGGUUCAAAGAGCUAAUAUUUCUAACCUCACUGGUGUUCAAGGAGCUGUAAAUAUUCAAGGUGAAGACCAGAAAAAACUUGAUGUUGUCUCAAAUGAGGUUUUCUCAAAUUGUUUGAGGUCAAGUGGGAGGACAGGGAUAAUAGCAUCAGAGGAAGAGGAUGUGCCAGUGGCAGUAGAAGAGAGUUAUUCAGGAAACUACAUUGUUGUAUUUGAUCCACUUGAUGGUUCAUCUAAUAUUGAUGCUGCUGUUUCAACUGGAUCCAUUUUUGGGAUUUACAGCCCCAAUGAUGAAUGCCUUGCUGACAUUGGUGAUGACCCCACACUUGACUCAACAGAACAAAGGUGCAUUGUGAAUGUGUGUCAACCAGGAAGCAACCUUCUAGCAGCUGGUUACUGCAUGUAUUCUAGCUCAAUAAUAUUUGUUCUAACUAUUGGCAAAGGAGUGUUUGAGUUUACAUUGGAUCCCAUGUAUGGAGAAUUUGUUUUGACUCAAGAAAACCUUCAGAUACCAAAAUCAGGAAAAAUAUAUUCUUUCAAUGAAGGGAAUUAUCAGUUGUGGGAUGAAAACUUGAAGGAAUACAUUAGUGAUCUCAAGGAUCCAGGUCCUAGUGGCAAGCCUUAUUCUGCAAGGUAUAUUGGUAGUUUGGUAGGUGAUUUCCAUAGGACACUUUUAUAUGGUGGCAUUUAUGGAUACCCUAAGGACAAGAAAAGCAAGAAUGGGAAGCUUAGGCUUCUAUAUGAGUGUGCUCCAAUGAGCUUCAUUGUAGAACAAGCAGGUGGAAAAGGUUCAGAUGGUCAUCAGAGAAUACUUGACAUUCAACCUACAGAAAUUCAUCAGCGUGUUCCACUUUACAUUGGAAGCACAGAGGAGGUGGAGAAAGUGGAAAAGUACUUAGCUUAAAUAAUAUGCUGAUGGAAAGAAAGUUUUCUUGUUUAUGAAGCAUAUGCUCAAUGAAACUUGUUAAAAGAAACAAUCUAAGAUGUAUCGUAAAGCCAGAACUUUCAUGAUGAAUGUUAUCACCUUCAAAGAGUUCAAAAAAGGCAUCAAUAAAGAAACAACAAAAAGCAUCUUUAAUGUUCUGGUUCUCAACUACGAAAUAAAUACGCAUGUACAAGAA